AGACUUUUGGCUCACACCUAGUGGCCUCAAGGGGCCACUUUUCAUUUCCCUGUCGCAAUGACUGCCUUGGAGCUCUUUGCUGGCGUCGAGACCGUGGCCAUGUUUUCAACUCUGGGCCGACGAGACCGACAUCGACGACGAGAAGAGCGGCGGCGACGACGAGCUUGAAAUCCAAGGCAAAAUGAAGAGACAUAAGGCACAGCAAGCCCGUUUGCAUAGGUUGGCCAGCUUGUUGCAGAGGAUGCAACCGCUGAACCGGCGCCAAGCGAUCAUGGACAUGCCAGCAAGCAGCCGCGCUGCGCUCUUGGAGUUCAUGACGCUUUGUCAGGUACCUGGGCAGGCCAAGCCGAAGCCGGCCCUCAAGGUGACCAAGGUCACACGCAGCUCACGCCGAUGCUCGGGCCUGCGCUGUGCGCGCUCCCAGGCACCGCAUGGGUGUGUUCGGACCGUGCGGCCGGGCGCUCUCCAAGCCACAAUCUGCUUCUGGAGGAUUCUGGUCAGAUCGGCAACCACCCGAUGCCCGCACAAGGCUGGCAAGUUCCGUGCUGCCCUGGCACGGAUGUGUCAGCUGGCCAUGCGGCCCGGCGCCGACUCCUUGGAGGAGCGGAUCGGCCAGGCCAAGGACGUGGCGCUGGUCGAGGCCGGCCUCACGGAGGCCGAGCUCAGGCCCUCAUAUGCCACCAUCGUGAGUUCAGGCUCCGUGGCGGGCGCCUUUGAGUCCCCGACCACCGCCUCGCUCAGCCAGGCCCUGGCCUGGCGGCGGCGCCUCAGUGCGGCUCGCUUCCGCGGUUGGCCUGAGCUGCGCAACGCGUGGGUGCAGGUGUUGCGGGAGACCCGAGUCGGCUUCAGUCGCCCCCUCUCCGCGUGCAAAGCUGCGGAGCGCGUGGACGCAGCCUGGAGGAAGCAGGCAGAGCGCCGGCAGCGCCUGGAAGCGCGCAAGGUGCCGCGCGAGGCGAAGCUCAAGAAGCUGGUGGGCCAGACGGUGCUGAGUUUGGGCCUCCCGUGAGCCCCGGUCCUCACCCGACUCGGCUUGGCCCUUGGCCCCGGAAUGACAUAUAUAGCGGCAGUGGUGAUGGGAGAAAAGCCGCCAGCCCA